ACUCUACUCUCCCCGAAUUACACUUGUGGGAUUUCUCUAUGUAUAUUGUUGUUAUGAAACUUUUCGACAUAAUUGAAUUUCUCAGACUAAAAUAUCAAUUUCGAACACUAGAAGGAAAAUCAAAGUAAUUUCUUCGAUAAAUCUGAAUUUUCCUUCAUUGAAUUUUCAUUUUGUAUCGUCUACCAAUAGAAUUUCAAUGUAAUUUUACAAAAGUGGAAUACGAGGGAAGUAGAGUUUUAGUAAUUCUCAAAACUAAAGGGUAAAACUUGUACAAUUCUACAAACUUAUAACUAAUUUUGAUUCCAUAAAAUAACCGCCAAUAGCUAAAACCCCUUACAUAAAACCUCACAAGCUCAACAACAAUGGCGAAAAGCUCAAUAACAAUGGCGUUUUACAAACCAUUCUUAUUCUUCUUCAGUUCUCUUCUCUAUUUUUCUACUGCUCAAUCUCCGCCUCCACCACCACCUCCACAAUCGCUAAUUAACGCCGCGGAGACUCUGUCGAACUCCGGCUAUAUUUCAAUGUCACUCACACUUGAGCUCAUUGCUGAUACUGUUAUCUCACGGGCUACUAAAAAUUCACUUACUGGUUCUGCUCUCACCAUUUUCUCACCACCCGAUUCAUCUUUCUCCGAUUUUGGUCAGCCUUCACUUUCUCAUAUCCUUCUCCAUUUCUCCCCUGUUUCGAUUUCACUCUCUUCACUUCAAUCCCUUCCGUUUUCUUCAAAAAUACCUUCGUUAUCACCUUCCAGUUCACUUUAUGUUACGAGUGUUGGUUCUGAUUCGCGUGUUUCUAUCAACAAUGUUGAAAUCGUUGGUUCACCGAUUUAUGAUGAUGGGUAUGUAAUCGUUUUCGGAAUUGAAGAUUUCUUCACCCAGAAUUUCACUCAGCCGGAAACUAAUCGGAACCCGAAUUUCAAAUCGAGUCCUCAAUGUAUCAGGUUGGAUCCAUUUUCUCGGUUUUACGAGGUGUCGUUGAUGUUGAAAUCGAAGGGGUAUUUGAUUAUGGCUUCGUUUUUAGAGUUACAACUGAUUGGGUUUUUGAAGAAUACGGAGCUGAAAUUAACAGUGUUUGCUCCAAUGGACGAUGCAAUUGUUGGAUUUUCUGGGGAUUUCCCUGUGUAUCAGCAGCUGUUUUUGAGGCAUUUGGUUCCCUGUGUACUGUACUGGACUGAUUUGAAUGAAAUGGUAAAUGGAACUGAGUUUAAGAACUAUGUUAAUGGGUUGAGUUUGACGAUAACAAAAGUGAAUGAUGUGAGCUUUGUUAAUGGAGUCGAAAUCACUUACCCUGAUUUGUAUUACAAUGAUUGGGUUGUUGUUCAUGGAUUACAGAGCUUGAUUCCAUUACCUGAUGAAAUCGAUGGUGAAAUCCAUGAAGAUCCCGUUAAACCCGAGGUUGAUGUCUCCAUCGCCCCUGAUCGCAGUGAAUUCUAAGGUAUCUUUAAGUUCAUUUCGAGCAUCGUGUUUGAAUGAUUGUAUCUCUCUCUGUGUGUGUGAUCAUGGAAAUUGCUGUUUCUGGGAAAAGUUUAUUACACUUCUGUAUAUUUUCGUGUUUUUGAAUACGAUGAAAUUGCUCGAAUAGAAUCCAAUAUAACUCCUGUUUGAUCUUGAUAACGUUCAGUUUCUGCAAUGUAACCAUGUUGAUCCUUGAUCAUGCUCGAGUUUUAGUUUUCGAGGAUCAAGAACUUGCUUGGUAUGAGGUUUGGACCAGCUAGAGACGAUGUAAACGUGCUUAGGGAAGUGUAAAAUAACAAUAUGAACGAAGAAACAUGAAAAAAAGAAGAACUACGUCUCAGUAUCAAACAAGUUAGGAUCGACUAUAUGAAUCCUGUAAGCUUAUAGAAAGGGGGACAAAGAAAGAAAA